CAGACCGCUUCGAUGCGCUUUGAGCGCAUCAUGAAUGAGACCAAUGAGCUCCAGAAAAUGACGGAGGUGACCGAAAUGAAAACGAUCCGGCAACAAGAAACCUUAGAGGUGAAGGAACAGGAGCUACGAGAACUGAAAGAGAAGCUUCGCCGGCUGAAACAAGGCAGCGACCGCAGCAAAAGCGAAUACCAAGCCUUCAAGCAAGACCUUGAGGAUGAGCGGGACGUUGUGGUGACACGACUGAAAUCUGCACAGCGGCUGAUGGAUGGCUACAGCGAGCAGAUCGAACAUCUGCACCAGGAUCUGCGGGAUGUACUGAUGGAGGAGGUGGCCCGUGAGAUGGAACAGGAGGCCUUGAGGAAAGCUGCAAAGGCCAAAGAAGAACGAGAGGAAGCUCAGAACAUCUACAAAGAUGCACAAGAUCAACUGAGGCUCACGGAGGAUAUGCUGCAGGCUAUGAGUGCAGAAGUUUGGUCGGGGAAUGUGAUGACGGAACUCAUUCGAAAGAAGGAAGACUUUACUCAACUGGUCAAACAGGCCGAAGAAGCUGAGGAGCUCUCCCGCAGCGAGCUGGGACAAAUGGCCGAGCUCCGGCAGUGGCUUCGGGACUUCGGUCAGCCCGAGGUGGCUCGGGGGUUGAAGCACUUUGUGAAAACCAAUGGAGAAUCUCCUCGACCAAAGGUCGUCAACAGCAGUCCCAUACAGAUGACCCUGGUCCUUCAGAGGCUCCUACCGCGGUUGUGCCGGCGCAGUAAGCGGCGAGAGGCUCUACAGCAUGAGGUGACCCACGAGUGGUGCCCCGGAGAUGCAGAGCAGCAGCGAUGCAAAGAGCAGCGCGAACGGUGCACGGUUUUGAUGGAACGACCAGACAUUAACCUUCCCGGAGAGAAUUCUGGCUUCGUUCUUCGUAGCUUCUACGGUCACUGCACCUGGCGCUGGCGACUCUUUCGAAGCUUUUCAGCCCCUGCGAAGCUGUGGAAGGAAGGAGACCAUACAUUGACCUCGCUUCCAAAGAGUCCGAUGGAAACAAAGUCACCUCGUAAGACCGUUGCAGAAGGACACAAGGCUCGAAGAAGCAGCAAAGAACAUGGCACAGCGAUGUCGCGGCGCAGGCUCUCCAAAGCGGCACCAGGUCGCAAAGCCGUGGAGACAUUGAAAGACGCCAAGAGUCUCAGCAAAGGUUCCAGGGCUGAUGACGACUGGCUGAUGGACGACCCAGGCACAUUCAGCUUCUUGAGUCGCUGGGCUGCGGCGCCCUGGUUUCGUUGGGAGAAGGUGGAACAACUGCCACGUGAACGUUGGGAAAACGCCUGGAAGAAUCUGUGGGCCGACGCGAAAAAGCUCUUUGAGGCAGUUCCACCAGAUGCAGAAACUGAUGAAGGCAUGCCAAUCUUGGAGGGCGAGCUCGGGAUAGCGCAUUUUUGGCAGGAUUGCCAUUUACACCUGCGUCGCCUGUGGAAGAUCAUCUCCAGAAACUUGCAAGGACUGCCACACCUUUAA